AUGUUAAUGUAUUGGACAAGUAAUGGACUGAUAGCAUCUACUAAAACUGUAACUAAAAAAUCUUGGUAUACCAUCACCCGCUAUGCUCCUGUUACAAAAACAUUACUUAUUGUCACAACAACUACAUCUCUGGCAGUAACAAAUCUUUUCCCUCAAUUGAUGCAAAAUUUGAAUUUAGAUCUAUCCGCAAUUGUGUCCAAGUUAGAAUUAUGGAGACUCUUUACGUCUGCAACCAUUUAUAGCCGACCUAUUGAUAUUAUUUAUGGUACUAUCCUAUUGUAUAACUUUCGUUUAUUUGAAAGACGUUACGGUACUGCUAAAUUCUUGUUUCUUAGUCAAUCUCGUGGAUCUAUUUUUGUUGGCUUAAGUGGCAUGCUGGCAGGAAUAAUUGCCCGAUUUAAGCUAAAUUGGUUUCAUCAGAUACUGCGCUUUCCGGAUUCUGUCUACCGAUUUUGUCAUACGUAUCUUGGUAGGAUUUUAUACUCUUCUGCACCAUUGGCUGAUAGUCCUGAAAAUCCGAUGGGUGCUACAGUAGAAAUUCAACGUAGUCAAUAUUUAGACGAAGUGGAAGCCCAAAUAACUCGUGCACAGAUAAGACAGUUUGGAAUGCUAGAUGAUAAUCAGCAACAACGUAAUCGCGUCGGCCAAGGUUACCAAGAAGUUUUAUUACCACCUGAGGAAGGGCCAUUUCGCCGUCGGUUUCGAACAAAUAGAGAUGAUAAUCCAAUAAGACCAUCUGAGCCACAAUUUCAUGAACAACCUUCAAUUCAUGAAGCUGAAAACAUUCCAAGACCUGACGAUAUUUCUGAAGAUAAUGUUAAAACACUAGUAGAAAUGGGAUUUUCACGUUAUGCAGUAAUGCAAGCUUUGCAAGUUACUAAUAAUGAUGUCGGCUUAGCAACAAAUAUUUUAUUAGCAGAAUAA